AUGCCAUUAAAUACACAGGGGGGAAAGAAAAAACCAUUGAAGGCGGCUAAAAAGGGGCCUGUCGAAAUGACAGAAGAAGAAAAGGCUUUUAAAAAGGAGAUGGCCGAAAAGAAAAAGGCUGAAGAAGAAGCGAAACAGAAAUUACUAAAGGCCAAAAAAAAAUAA